UAUUUGCCAGAUUUGUUCAUCAAGCGAUUCAGUCUUGAAAUACCCUAUCAUCUCACGGGUUAUAUAAUAGCUUCUCUCUACGGACACUAUGAACUUUGCCGGUAAGGUUGUUCUGAUAACUGGAGCUAGCAGUGGAAUCGGUGCUGCUACAGCAAAAAAGCUGUCCGAAUUAGGUGCAACGCUAGCCCUUACCGGUCGUAAAUUAGAAAAUCUUAAUCAUGUAGCGGCCGAAUGUACCGUAGGGCCAGUCACUCCUUUGGUGAUUCCUGGUGAUAUCACAAAAGAAGCGGACACGGAGCGAAUCCUUAAAGCGACGAUUGAGAAGUUUGGUAAACUUGAUGUGUUAGUUAACAAUGCCGGUAUUAUCGAAACUGGAACGAUUGAGACAACAAGCUUGGAGCAGUUCGAUCGAGUAAUGAACACAAAUAUCCGAUCGAUCUACCACGUAACAAUGUUGGCAGUACCGCAUCUGAUCAAAACACAAGGAAAUGUUGUUAAUGUAUCCAGUGUUAACGGAAUACGCUCAUUCCCUGGCGUAUUAGCGUACAAUAUCUCCAAGAUGGCGGUAGACCAAUUCACGCGUUGUGUAGCGCUCGAGUUAGCGGCCAAGACCGUCCGAGUUAAUUGUGUAAAUCCUGGCGUAACUGUCACAAAUCUGCAUAAACGCGGUGGAAUGGAUGAAGAAACAUAUAAGAAAUUCCUGGAGCAUUCAAAGAAUACACAUGCAAUGGGAAGACCUGGAGAAGCUACCGAAGUAGCUGAUGCAAUUGUGUUUUUGGCAAGCGAAACGGCUUCCUUCAUCACAGGGGCCAGUCUACCGAUUGAUGGUGGUCGUCAUGCAAUGUGCCCACGCUGAACUGAUUCCCUCUUUUCGAUACAAGGACCACUCCGACAACAGAUCCUGAAAAAUUGCAUUUAAUUCGUAGCUCUUUCUGUUCCUAAUCAAUAACAAUAAAAUAAACGCAACAUUUUACAACAUGCAAAAUAACAUAAUUUUAUUUUCUUAUGUCCUUAUGCAAGCUUUUUUUAAAUAAAGAACAGUUUACAACACA